GCAAAGCCGAAGCAGAAAAGUGCGGAAACCAUUUCUUUCAAAACUAAAGAAAUUUGACAUUCGCUCAGUUUCUCUCUCUAUAAAACCAGGAUUUAUCUCUCAUUUUUUUCUCUCCUUUUUGCCCUCUUUCCUUCCCAAUUACUCUCGUUCUCCUUUCUGUUUCUCUCUCUAGGCUUUCUUCUGUUUCUCUCUCUAGGCUUUCCACUGUUUCUCUUUCUAUCCGUGUUACUUUCUCUCCCCUUCUCUCUGUUUCUCUCUCGCUCUAUUUGUCUCUUUUGUUGUUUCUUUUUUAUCCAUAAAUGACCUACUUUCCAUUGAAAACAGACCCUUUUCUCACAAUAAAAAAUGAUGUUUUUCUUUCAAGCUAAGUAUUUGCAGAGAAAAAUGGCGGAGUAAGCUUGAAACGGCCGGAUUAAUUGAGCAUUUCUCUCCUUUUCUCUUUUUUUGAUCGAAGAUGCUUUGUAGAGGUAGGGCAACUACAAAACGGAAGGCUGGUGCUGCUCCUGUUUACCUCAACGUCUACGACCUGACACCGAUCAAUGGCUAUGCUUACUGGUUAGGUCUUGGAAUCUAUCACUCUGGAGUUCAAGUCCAUGGUGUAGAAUAUGCCUUUGGUGCUCAUGAGCACUCCAGUACAGGGAUCUUUGAGACUGAGCCAAGGAAAUGCCCAGGGUUCGUGUUUCGCAAGUCCAUAUUGAUCGGGCGAUCUGGUCUGAACCCUAAAGAAGUCAGGAGCCUAAUGGAGCAGCUAGCCUCUGAGUACACGGGCAACUCUUAUCAUCUCAUCAUGAAGAACUGCAACCACUUCUGCAAUGAUGCUUGCAUCAAGCUCACUGGAAACCCAAUUCCUCGAUGGGUCAACCGCCUUGCCAGAAUUGGCUUUCUCUGCAACUGUGUUCUACCUACUGGUUUGAAUGUGGCAGCUGUGGCCCAAAGGACUGAAUUGAGACUUUAUGAAGUUGAAAGGAAGAAAUUGAGAAGUGUGUCUAAUCGAUUUAGUGGUUCUGGAUCCUCCAAUGCUGGUACUUCCACAGCUACUAGUCAUAGGCCAAAGCGUAAGCAUUCUUCACCAUUGCUUCUUACACCUCAUCGAAACGGGAUACUAGUUGAAGGCUGAUAACUUGGUGUAAGUAAUAAAGUACGUGUUUAGCCCAUGUACAUAGAGCUCCACAUGCGGCUUCAAUGGCUGCGCAAUUCAUGUGUGAGGAAAAAGCUCAGAUGGUUAGUUUAAAAAUAAUUGAAAUGGAAAAGGUCAGAUGGUUAGUUUAAAAAUAAGUGAAAUGAAGGGGCUCAGAUGUUUAAGUUUAUUGAGUUUUAUUUUACAAUGUCGACUUAUUAUGUAAAAUAUUUUCAAUAAUAAAGUGAUAAAGACGAGGCUUCAAAACUGAA